AUGAUCGCCGAGGCAACGAAGAUGAGCGGCUGGGACGACCCUAAGGCGGACAUUCUCCGGCUCGUGUACAAUUGGCUAUCCCACAACCGGAACAGACACUGGCUGAUGAUAGUCGACAACGCUGACGAUGAGAGCGUCUUCUUCAAAAGCCGUGCAGCAAGCAUUUCGGAUGAACCAGAAGACUUACCGAUACUCUCCGACUUCCUACCACAGUCGCCAAACGGUUCGAUCCUUUUCACCUCACGAAACCGAGACGUAGCAUACAAACUCACAGGUGACUUUGACAGCAUUAUCGAAGUCAACCCGAUGAGCGAGGACGACGCGCUAGCCCUUCUCCGUAAGAAGUUAGGGUCCAUCGCUCGACAGGACGAGGCUACGGAGUUAAUACAUGCCCUUGACUCUAUGCCGCUCGCUCUAACACAGGCAGCCGCUUUUAUCAAACAGAGGAAGCCGCGUAUGAGCAUCUCAAAGUACACCGAACAAAUCCGCAGAAGCGAUGAUAACCGAGCGUGGCUACUAGAGAAGGACGUGGGAGAUAUUCGCAGGGACAGCCGGGCGUCUAAUUCGAUCAUGGCCACCUGGCACAUCUCGUUCGAAUACAUCCGACAGAAGUGGCCAACAGCUGCUCGACUGCUGUCGCUCAUGAGCCUGUUCGAUCGACAAGGGAUACCUGAGUCACUCCUUCAAGGCCGAUAUGCGAGGAGGAAGGACGAUGAUGCUGACCUUACUGACGUUGGCAACAAUGCUGACUUUGACGACGAUAUCCAAACGCUAACCAGCUUCUCGCUUGUCGAAAUGAGCGUAGACGGGCGGGAGUUCGAGAUGCAUCGGCUGGUGCAGUUCUCGACCAAAAAAUGGCUGGAGCUAAAGAACGAGCUAGAGCUGUGGAACGAGACGUACGUGACGCUCAUGGACAAAAAUUACCCGAAAGGGAAAUACGAGAAUUGGCCGACGUGUCAGAUGUUGUUUCCGCACGCUGAAGCCGUGCUCAACAAUAAGCCAACAGAGGCAGGGGCGCUAAAGGCAUGGGCCUCUGUGCUCCACAAAGCGGCAUUGUAUGCAAAGGAGAUGGGCCAGUAUAGCAAGGCGCGUGAUAUGGGCUCUCACGCUCUGCAGGUUAGGGAGGCAGUCUUGGGUGGGGAGCAUAAAGAUACGCUUAGCAGUUUUAACAAUAUUGGGAACGUUUUGUUUAACCAAGGUCGAUAUGACGAGGCAGAGGAAAUGCAUGAACGAGCGCUAGAAGGAAGAAAACGAGUGCUAGGAGUAGAGCACCAAGAUACGAUUAACAGUUUUAACAACAUUGGGAACGUUUUGUUUAACCAAGGUCGAUAUGACGAGGCAGAGGAAAUGCAUGAACGAGUGCUAGAAGGAAGAAAACGAGUGCUAGGAGUAGAGCACCAAGAUACGAUUAACAGUUUUAACAACAUUGGGAACGUUUUGUUUAACCAAGGUCGAUAUGACGAAGCAGAGGAAAUGCAUAAACGAGCGCUAGAAGGAAGAAAACGAGUGCUAGGAGUAGAGCACCCAGAUACGCUUCAGAGCCUUAAUAAUCUUGGGACUGUCUUAGAAUUGCAGGGUCGAUAUAACGAAGCAGAGGCAAUGCACAAACGAGCGCUAGAAGGAAAAAAACGAGUGCUAGGAGUAGAGCACCCAGAUACGCUUCGGGGCCUUAGUAGUCUUGGGAUUGUUUUAAGACGGCAAGGUCGAUACAACGAAGCAGAGGCAAUGCACAAACGAGCGCUAGAAGGUGAAAAACGAGUGCUAGGAGAGAGCCAUCCCAACACGCUGGUUAGCAUGGGCAACCUCGCACUCACAUACUUGGCUCAAGGCCACUGCAAGGAUGCAGAAGCGCUACAGGUGCAAGUGCUAGAGAAACAAAAGAUGAAGCUUGGAGCGGACCAUCCCAGCACACUGGUUACCAUGCACGACCACGCGCUUACGCUAAGGGACCUGAGACGCACAAAUGAUGCACUUUCUUUGAUGGAAAAUUGCUACGAGUUAAAGUUAAGAGUCUUGGGCGAUCAGCAUCCUAGGACUCUAAACUCUCGAAAACGGUUGGAGAGAUGGCGGGGGAAAGAUGUACAACCGACCAAGCAGAACGAUUCUUAG